CCUGCCGGGAUCGGAGCCGCGGCCCGCCCCGCCGGGUCCUCCCAGCCUGCGCCGCGGCCGCGACGUGCGCGUCUCCCCCGCCUCCCCCCCAACAUGGUGGCGCCGGGCUCGGGGUGACUGGCUGCAGGAGACCGAGCGGGCUCUUGCCUCCCCCCUUCGCCGCCGGAAGCUCGCCGCAGCGCCCUCGGCUCGCUCGCCCGCGCCUCUCCCGCCCCGCGUCGCCCUCGGCCGCCAGCGCCGACGCGCUUUCGCCUCAGGCCGCCCGGCUGUGUGGGCCGCGGGCGGCGGCGGCGCCUCGUUCGCUGCGCUCGGCGCGUCCGCGGCGGCCCGCUCGGCCGGCCUCGGCCUCGGCCUUGGCCUCGGGAGGACGGAGCGCGAGUCCCGCAUGAGCCCCGGCGGUGGCGGCAGCGAUCGGGAACGAGGCGGUGGCGGGCGGAGGCGGCGGGCGCGGGCGACGACGACCAGUGAGGCGGCCGCGGCGCGGCUGCGGGGGCGACGACAGAGUUAUUAAACCUACGCUCAGAUCAAGUUAGCAGCUAUAGACUGGUGUGACAACCUGUUUUUAAUCAGUGACUCAAAGCUGUGAUCACCCUGAUGUCACCGAAUGGCCACAGCUUGUAAAAGAUCACCAGGAGAACCUCAGUCUGACGACAUUGAAGCUAGCCGAAUGAAGCGAGCAGCUGCAAAGCAUCUAAUAGAACGCUACUACCACCAGUUAACUGAGGGGUGUGGAAAUGAGGCCUGCACGAAUGAGUUUUGUGCUUCCUGUCCAAGUUUUCUUCGUAUGGAUAACAAUGCAGCAGCUAUUAAAGCCCUUGAGCUUUAUAAGAUUAAUGCAAAACUCUGUGACCCUCAUCCCUCCAAGAAAGGAGCAAGCUCAGCUUACCUUGAAAACUCAAAAGGUGCCUCUAACAACUGUUCUGAGAUAAAAAUGAACAAGAAGGACGGACAAGGAGCUAGAGAUGAUUUUAAAGAUGUGACUUACCUAACGGAAGAGAAAGUAUAUGAAAUUCUUGAAUUAUGUAGAGAGAGAGAGGAUUAUUCCCCUUUAAUCCGUGUUAUUGGAAGAGUUUUUUCAAGUGCUGAAGCAUUGGUACAGAGCUUUCGGAAAGUCAAACAACACACCAAGGAAGAACUGAAAUCUCUUCAAGGAAAGGAUGAAGACAAAGAUGAAGAUGAAAAGGAAAAGGCUGCAUGUUCUGCUGCUGCUAUGGAAGAAGAUUCAGAAGCAUCUUCCUCAAGAGUAAGUGAGAACCCACAAGGAGAAAACAACUUACACAAACUAGGCCCUGAUGAUGUGUCUGUGGAUAUCGAGGCCAUUCGAAGGGUCUACAUCAGAUUGCUGUCAAAUGAAAAAAUAGAAACUGCCUUUCUCAAUGCACUUGUAUAUCUGUCACCUAACGUGGAAUGUGACUUGACGUAUCACAAUGUGUACUCCAGAGAUCCUAAUUAUCUGAAUUUGUUCAUUAUUGUAAUGGAGAAUAGAAAUCUCCAUAGUCCUGAAUAUCUGGAAAUGGCUUUGCCAUUGUUUUGCAAAGCAAUGAGUAAGCUACCCCUGGCUGCCCAAGGAAAAUUGGUUAGACUGUGGUCUAAGUACAAUGCAGACCAGAUUCGGAGAAUGAUGGAGACAUUUCAGCAACUUAUUACUUACAAAGUCAUAAGCAACGAGUUUAACAGUCGGAACCUCGUGAACGAUGAUGAUGCUAUUGUUGCUGCUUCAAAGUGCUUGAAAAUGGUUUACUAUGCCAAUGUGGUAGGAGGGGAAGUGGACACAGGCCACAAUGAGGAAGAUGAUGAGGAGCCCAUCCCGGAGUCCAGUGAGCUGACACUUCAGGAGCUGUUGGGAGAGGAAAGGAGAAAUAAGAAAGGGCCACGAGUGGACCCACUGGAAACUGAACUGGGUGUCAAAACUCUGGAUUGUCGAAAACCACUUAUCCCCUUUGAAGAGUUUAUUAAUGAACCACUGAAUGAUGUUCUAGAAAUGGAUAAAGAUUAUACUUUUUUCAAAGUAGAAACAGAGAACAAAUUCUCUUUCAUGACAUGUCCCUUUAUACUGAAUGCUGUCACAAAGAAUUUGGGAUUAUAUUAUGACAAUAGGAUUCGCAUGUACAGUGAACGAAGAAUCACUGUUCUCUACAGUUUGGUUCAAGGACAGCAAUUGAAUCCAUAUUUGAGACUCAAAGUCAGACGUGACCAUAUUAUAGAUGAUGCUCUUGUUCGGCUAGAGAUGAUUGCCAUGGAGAACCCCGCAGACCUGAAGAAGCAGCUGUAUGUGGAAUUUGAGGGAGAACAAGGAGUUGAUGAGGGAGGAGUUUCCAAAGAAUUUUUUCAGCUGGUUGUGGAAGAAAUCUUCAAUCCGGAUAUCGGUAUGUUCACAUAUGAUGAAGCCACAAAACUCUUUUGGUUUAAUCCAUCUUCUUUUGAAACUGAAGGGCAGUUCACUCUGAUCGGCAUAGUGUUGGGCCUGGCAAUUUACAAUAACUGUAUUUUGGAUGUACAUUUUCCCAUGGUUGUCUACAGAAAGUUAAUGGGGAAAAAAGGAACUUUCCGUGACUUGGGAGACUCGCACCCUGUUCUGUAUCAGAGUCUAAAGGAUCUACUGGAGUAUGAAGGGAGCGUGGAGGAGGACAUGAUGAUCACUUUCCAGAUCUCACAGACAGAUCUGUUUGGUAAUCCGAUGAUGUAUGAUCUCAAGGAGAAUGGCGAUAAGAUUCCAAUCACAAAUGAAAACAGGAAGGAAUUUGUUAAUCUCUAUUCUGACUAUAUUCUCAACAAGUCAGUGGAAAAACAGUUCAAGGCUUUUCGGAGAGGUUUCCAUAUGGUGACCAAUGAAUCGCCUUUAAAGUACUUGUUUAGACCAGAAGAAAUUGAAUUGCUUAUCUGUGGAAGCCGGAAUUUAGAUUUCCAAGCACUAGAAGAAACUACAGAAUAUGAUGGUGGCUACACCAGGGACUCUGUUCUGAUCAGGGAGUUCUGGGAAAUCGUUCAUUCAUUUACAGAUGAGCAGAAAAGACUCUUCUUGCAGUUUACAACAGGCACAGACAGAGCACCUGUGGGCGGACUGGGGAAAUUAAAGAUGAUCAUAGCCAAAAAUGGCCCAGACACAGAAAGGUUACCUACAUCUCAUACUUGCUUUAAUGUCCUUUUACUUCCGGAAUAUUCAAGCAAAGAAAAACUUAAAGAGAGAUUGUUGAAGGCCAUCACUUAUGCCAAAGGAUUUGGCAUGCUGUAAAAUAGCAAAAAAAGAAAACCAACAAAAAAGAAGAGAAAUUAAAAUUUUUAAUAAAUGUAACAAGAGGGAUAAAUUGAUGGUGAUAGUCUCCCGUUCCAGAAGGCUGUGAGAUAGUGGGCUGGAGCGGACACUCGUGUCCGGGCCGCCCUUCUUGAUUGGGGAUCUGUGGGCUGGAACAGCAGAUUUCAGCUACUUGUAUGAACAGAUACUUUUUUUUUCUUUUUUCUUUUUUUUUGCGUGAAAGUGUUGUUCUUUCACUCGUUGUAUGUACAGAGAGUUUUUGCUGAAUAUUUAUUUUAAGGGUUAAAUCACUUUUGCUUUGUGUUUAUUACUGCUUGAGGUUGAGCCUUUCUGAUUAUUUAAAAAAUAUUUACCAACAAAACUACUCUCCCAAGAAAAAAUAUUGCCACCAUUUGUAGACAACAUAAUCUUCAAGUAUGUGCUAGGUUUUAUAUUUUUUUGGUUUUGGUGUGUUAGGGUUUGGGGGGGUUAUUUGUUGGGGUGUUUUUUUUCCCCCCUGUAUCAUCUAAUUCUAAUCAGGAACUUUUUUUUUUUAAACAAUUUGCUUUGAAACUUGAAGUCUUGAGAAACAGUGUGAUGCUUUUGCUGCUGUUCUAGCCCCCAAAGAGUUUUCUGUGCAAAAUCUUGAGAAUCAAUAAAGAUGGAAGGGAGAACUUGGAAUGUUUCACUGCAGCCCUCAGAACCUGACUUUAGUAACAGCACAACAAAUUUAAAAAAAAAAAAAAAACUCAUGCCACGGUAUGUCGUCCUCAUGUGUCCUGCAAUGAACUGUCUGAGUAGCCAACCCUCUUUCUUAGCAUUUGAAAGGACAGGGAAUUAUUUUUGUUUGUUUGUUUUUGUUGUUACUGUUGCUGUUGUUGUUGUUAUUGUUGUUGUUUUAAGUUUACUGGGGAAAAGUGCAUUUGGCCAAAUGAAAUGGUAGUCAAGCCUGUCGCAAGAAAGUCAGGAAGUUUGUUGUUUCUUAUGAACACGAAGCAUGUGAAAGUGCACUUAAAAUAAAUUUGAAUCCAUGACUUAUUACCUGCAUUUUAAUAGACAAUCCAAAGUUUUCCCUUCGUGUCGCCAUCACCUGUCUGAUUCGCCAUUUUAUCAAGGCACAUGAUCAGUGUUUGAACAUAACGGAAAGGAUGUGAGUACUGUGCCUUGUCGUGCUGAAUCAUACAGUAGUGACAAGAGACCUGGAAAUGAACGGAACUGUUCCUCUGAAUACCUAUUCACAUCGUAUAUUCCCAAAGAUUACAUUUUCCUUUGAAAAAAAAAAAGUGAGUGUUAAAUAUUCCUUUGGUGUACUGUGGCAAAGUACCAAUAGUUCUAAAUGACUCCCUGGACAUUCAGAAGUGAGUAGUUUCCCCCUGGUAGCCUUCUGUGUCUGUGAUGUUCCUUUCUUUUAUUGCAAUAUAAAAUAAAAGGAUUAUGUAUUUUUAACUAAGGAGAGACAUAUUGAUAUAUCCUUUCACUACAAGCGAUAGCUGAUAUGCUGAGCUUGUGCCUUGAUGAUCGUUUUAACUGACAGAUCAGCCUGACGGUCUGUUUGAAAUUGGCAAGAAAAACGCAGCUUUCAAAUCAUUGGAGGGAAAAAGGAUGUCUUUCAGGAUCAUUUUAAUUCUUUUAGUAAUUGAUAUAGAAGUGUUCUGUACCAUAAUGCUAAUAAAACAGUGGCAUUUUCACCAUCAUUUAGAGAGAAAAGAUGACAAUGCUUUCCAUAUUGUGAUGAGGUAACAUGGUGUUUUUUCUGGGCAAGCCUUUAGAAUACUGUAAGGUCUGUGUACAUCACCUGAGUUCAAGAGGGCCUCAUGCUACUCUCAUCACCCUGAAGGCCUCUCAUUUGUGUGCUUAUGUAUAAUGGAAGUGAGAAGAGGAGAAAUCAAAUAUUCUGGGGGCAUUUUAUAUAAUAAAUUCGUGAAGAAAUUUAUGCUCUUCAGUUCUCAAGUUUUAUUAUCACUACAGUAUUGAAUUUCUACAAUUCUCAUAAUAUCUGUAUGAAAGUUUUUGAAUGGUAAUGGAAUAUAGUUUAUGAAAUGUAGAAUUCACAUCAAAUAGAUUUUCAACAGUUGAAAAUAAACCUACCCCUAAAAAAAUAAUUUAGAAGAAAAAGUCCUUGACUGUGCCGGACUAGUUGCUCUCAUUUGUUUGAUGAUUAAUUGUACUGGAUUUUUACCACUCCUUUUAUCACCUUUCACUACUACUUUAAAGAAUGUCAUUGAAUAAUAUGUUAAGAAAGAUGAAAACAGUAGAAUUUUUAUACUGUAAUGACUAUUCCUUCUGUUUUAAAUGUCCUUCAUAAAUUACUUUCUUUUUGCCGAGCUACAUUUGUUUUCUGUGAAUCUGCUCACAGUUUCCAGAAACCUUGGAAGGGGGGUAUAAAAAGAUCCAUAAGCUGACAUAAUUUGCGUUCUAAAUAAAAUACACCUUUUUAAAAUCAGUUAUAUAAUGUUCAAAACAUAGAGGCAGCUUGUAGCCAAACUUUAUUGGCACCUGGCCAAUAGUUGGAUUUCUUAACAUUGUAUAAUGCUGCUAUACCUGGCCUCAGUUAAUUUGUGAUCAAAUCCAAUUACAGGGGCCAAAGUAAUAGCACAGCAGGAAGGGCGCUUGCCUAGCACACAGCAAGCAGACCUGAUUCAUUCCCCAGAGACCCCAGGAGUGAUCCCUGAGCGCUGCUGGGCAUGCCGCCCGCGUCCCCCCACCCCCCUGCCAAGUACACAAAUACAGCCACAAACUCCCCGGUUGUACUUUGGGCUAUAUACCUAUUUUGAGAGGUAAAUGUCAACCAGAAACUUGGAAAUGAGGCCUCAGGUGGAACUUGCUAGUGUUUUUUUCCUGAUUACCUCCGUGGCAUGGAUACUUAACUACAAGGGGCAUAGAGCUACAGCGUGGCAGUGUCUAUCUCUGUGGCCCUGAGACGCUCUGCUGGGGUUUCAGCAGAGCUUUGUUGAGUAUCCUCAAGAAUUUUCUGAAGAUUCUGUUCCCAGGAUCUCUUUUCUUUUACCUCAGUUAGCAUCCCUGCCUUUUUUGCUUGUUUGCUUGAAAUCAUCAACUUCAACCAGGGCCAGUUAUCAAGAUCCCUAAAUCCUCCAUUUAUCGGUGUUUUUUUUUUUUCUCCUGAAAAUUACUCUUCCUUUUGCCCCCUACCAAUCCUUACUUGCUUCCUCACCUCUCUCCUUGAGAUCUUUUUAUAUCAUGCCAAAACAAAACUUUUUACAGAUUUACAAAAUUCCCCUCCCCACCACUAGUGUUCCCAUUUGAAUGAAUUUCCCGAGUCUGGCAUCCAAAUCGUUUUCCAGUUUCCCCUUCUCACAACUUGCAGCCCACCCUGUGUUUUCACCUGUGCUCAGUUACUUCCUGUUCCUCAAGUUCCCCUGAAAACCCAGUUUUUCAAAGCACCUUAACCGUUAAAGAUUCCUCAACUCCCCAAGUGCCUCUGACCUCAACCCACACAGACAUGGCGGCACACACGGUUCCUGUUUGACGGGCAGGAGUCCUGGGGUCCCCUAUCCCCACUCCGAGGAAUGUGAGCAAACACUACUAAUAUGAAGAUUGUUCACUUUUUAUCCUUCUGACCUUCAAGGCUCAGCUAGUCAGUCACCACUCUGGAUACCUGGAAACAGCCUGGCGUGGAUGAGCUGGUUCUAUGAAGUGUCCUGUUUUGGUGUUUUGCUUUUGUUUUUCAUUAAAGAUAGCCUGACUCCUUGCGUCUCCCUCCUCUGCCCCUCCCCAAGCUUCUUGUUAUUAAGUAUUUUGAGCCUUUAGUGACCAGGACUUGUUCCUUGAGGAGGCGUCAGUUCAGCUGUGGGAAGCUAGAGUAGGAAGGGGCAGGACCAAAAGGACAGCGCCCUUACUGUUGAGAGCAAGAUUUUUGUAUUCCCCAGCUCUGUCCACCAGAUGUGCUCUGGCAACAGGAUUCCCCGUAUGGCCAUUGUCUCCGCAGCACACACUGUCCCGCUGUUGGCAGCUGCUCCUUCUGGCAAGCACUAAGCAAAGCACUUGUGCUGAAUGCCUGCUCUGCCAGAACUUCAAACCAUCGCUACAAGUUGACCCUCCGAUUGGGAUUCUCGAAUUCAGCCAACCUCCAGUGUCCAGGAAACACAGAAACGGGUGGGCUCGUGCUCAGCCCACAGCAGUGACUGGGGUGGGCGUAGGGAAGGCUUAAUAAAUAGCCUUCAGAGUUGCAGGUCUGAGGUUCAGUCCUGGUCCUGCCUAACCCACCCUGAUUUACUGAGGUCGAGACAGAUGCCCUGAAUGGCGGAGUUGGGGCCUCAACGUGCACCAAUGCUGAGCUGCUCCUGAGCACUCUGACCUUCAUCCACCUCAGAUGGAGGAAGGAGGCUUCUCUCACUUGUCAGCUAAAUUUCAGACAUGAUUUUUCUCAGAAAUUACAAUCAGUGGCUUUUUAGUGUGUUCACAAAAUCGUUCCGUCAUCACUAUUAGGUAAUUCCAGACCAUGUUCAUCACUGAAGAAAAAAAGUACAAAAAAAGGACCCAUUUCAUGUGGAGUGAUUCUGUUCUGCCCCUCUGCUGCCCCUUCCCUGUCCACCUCAGCCCCUGGUGGCCACUAGCCUACUCUCUGUCUAUAGAUCUGCCUGUCUGGGACAUUUCGUAUCAAUGGAAUCGUACAAUAUUUGGCCUUUUGUGUCUGGCUUUUUUUUCAACUCGGAACAGUGUUUUCAAGGUGCAUCCAUGUUGUAGCAUGUAUGAGUACUUAAAUUUCUUUUUAUAGUUGAAUAAUAUUGUAUUGAUAUAUUUUUUUGUUCAUUUGAUGGAUAUUUGUGUUAUUUCUGCUUUUCGACUUAUAAAUACUACUACUCUGAA